AACAUUCCACCUUUUCCAAUGUAACCUUAAGCUGUAGUUUUCUCUCGUAUGGCCGCCGUUGUUUGUUCCUCUCGAAUUUCAUUGCCUCCAGCACGGCAUUCUGCAUUUUACUCGGGUUGCAUUUGAAGUCGGAUUACAUAUAAUCUCCAUACACAAACAAUAGAUUUGUCGGCUCCAUACAGUGACCGACUGGGCAGUGGCUUACUGUCUGGUUCUGGCUAGCUAAUUUGGACACCGUCUCGUCGCUGCGGCUUUCCCUGUCUUUUCUCUGGAUGUAAAAUGGGAGGUUUGGGCAGCCGAUUUCAGAGUGCGCCUGCCCAAAUACCAGAAGCGGCAGAACCGGAGGAGGUGUGUGAGAGGAAAGGGCACAGUUGCGACUGCAGGAAGAGAAAACGCACCUCACACUGCGAGUGUGACAGCGAGCCCGAGGAAGAUGACAGCGUCCUGGACACACCUCGCAGGAAAAAGUUGAAAAGCACGUCAACAUACAUUUACCAGACGCUCUUCCUGAAUGGGGAGAACAGCGACAUUCGCAUCUGUGCUCUGGGCCAGGAGUGGGAUCUGCAUAAAAUAUAUUUGUGUCAGUCUGGAUACUUCUCCAGUAUGUUCAGUGGAUCAUGGAAAGAGUCAAACAUGAUGGUCAUCGAGCUGGAGAUUCCGGAUCAGAACAUCGACAUUGAGGCUCUGCAGGUGGUGUUUGGUUCUCUCUACAGGGAUGAAGUCCUUAUCAAGCCCAGUCGGGUGGUCAGCAUCCUGGCUGCAGCAUGCAUGCUACAGCUGGACGGGCUGAUCCAGCAGUGUGGUGAGACCAUGAAGGAGAAUGUGAGUGCCAAGACUGUGUGUGGAUACUACGCCGCCGCCAGCAUCUACGGCCUGGACUCUGUCAUGAAGAAGUGCCUGGAGUGGCUCCUAAAUAACCUGAUGACCAAUCAAAAUGUGGAACUCAUGAAGCAGCUGGGGGUGGAUGUGAUGGAGCAGCUGAUUCAGUCUUCGGACCUGUUCGUUAUGCAGGUGGAGAUGGACAUCUACACAGCACUCAAGAAGUGGAUGUUCCUGCAACUCAACCCGUCCUGGGAGGGGCCGCUGAAGCAGCUGCUACCUGACGCCGAGAGCUGGCUCUGCAAACGCAGGACGGACCUGGGAGAGGAGGAGCCGUUCCUGAGUACAGAGGAGGGUUCUCCGUACGCCUCGGUGUUCCGCCACAUCCGUCUGCAGUACAUCAUCAACGACCUGUCCUCCGCACGCAUCCUGGAGCGAGACAACAUCCUGCCUCCAGAGUGGCUGGGCUCCAUGUAUAAACAGCAGUGGUUCACCAUGCUGAGGACAGAACAUGAUAAUGACCACGGACCUCAGGAGGCCAACAAGGAGGAGUUUGAGCUGAACAGCAUGCGGUGCGGGAGGAAACUGAGCAAAGAUGGAGAUUACUGCUGGAGGUGGACUGGCUUUAACUUCGGCUUUGACCUGCUGGUGACAUACACAAACCGCUUCAUCAUGUUCAAGCGCAAUACCCUCAGUCAGCCAUGUGGGGGAGCUGUAAGCUUACAGCCACGAAGACAUCUGGCCUACAGGUUACGGCUGGCGUCGUUUGACAACAGCGGCAAGUUGGUGUGCAGUCGCAGUACUGGCUACCAGCUCCUGACACUGGAGAAGGACCAGGAGUACGUGGUGAUGAACCUGGACAGCCGCCUCCUCUUCUUCCCCCUCUACGUGUGCUGUAACUUCCUCUACACCUCGCCCCAGUCCGAACGCCGACUCGACACCCCCGAACCAGAGAGCAGUGCCAGGAGUGUAUCGUGACCCCAUACACCCCCUGCCCCCCCCUUCUCUCCUGUCCACUCCUGUCCCUGUCCACCCCCCCGUCACAAACAAACAUGACCGUCCACCAUCAUAUUUCACAAGUUCACAUUCACAUUCAUGCCUUAUGUCAUCAUACCAGAAAAUUCAUUUCGGUUAUGUUUUAUGUCAUUUAUGAUUAUUAUUAUUUUUUACUUUGGUGUAUUUUCUUUUAUGGUCAUUACAAUUUGUUUUUAUUAUUUAACUUGUCAUUUCUAAUUUUAAUUGCCAAUAACAGAUCGGCACACGCUAGUGUGUCACAGGCAGCUAUGUGCAUCUGGAUACCUUUGUACUUUUUACCCCUCCGCAUUCCAGAACAUUCUCAGUGAACUCGUGCCUAUACUAAGAAGCUGGUU